ACGUCUUCCACCCUCGAAGGGUGGCCUUUUCGGCGGCGAGCGAGGGCGAGGAAUAAACUCCGCGUCGCCCACGCACCGCAACAAAUAAUAUCCUUCCACGCGAAUAUUCGCCGCUUCCCACCUCCCCGCCCCGCAUAUCCUUCCUUCCGUCCGUCCGCCCCGCUUUCCCUUCCCCUCUAUUUCACAACCCCAUCAGCCGCGACGAUCACCGGCGAGACUCAUCACCGGCGCAAUCCGUCCACCCACACACCCACUCACUCAUCCACUCCCCCCUCCGGGAAUCUCAUUUUCUUUACCGCGGUUAGGAGGCGGCGGCGUCGGCGGCGUCGGCGGCGGCGAUGAAGUUCGGCAAGAGCCUGAGCGGGCAGAUCGUGGAGACGCUCCCGGAGUGGCGCGACAAGUUCCUCUCCUACAAGGACCUGAAGAAGCGCCUCAAGCUCAUCGGCGCCGGGAACGGGGCCGCCGAGCGGCAGCCGAAGCGGGCCCGCCGCGACGACGCCGGGGAGCCUGACGCGUCCGCGGCGGCGGCGGCGAUGACGCCGGAGGAGGCGGACUUUAUGCGGCUCCUGGAGGCCGAGCUCGACAAGUUCAACUCUUUCUUCGUCGAGAAGGAAGAGGAGUACAUCAUCCGCCAGAAGGAACUGCAGGACCGGGUGGCCAGGGCGGCCGGCCGGGAGUCCAAGGAGGAGCUCAUGCGGGUGCGCAAGGAGAUCGUCGACUUCCAUGGCGAGAUGGUGCUGCUCGAGAACUACAGCGCCCUCAACUACACCGGAUUGGUUAAGAUUCUCAAGAAAUACGAUAAGAGAACUGGAGCCCUGAUCCGGCUGCCCUUCAUCCAGAAAGUUCUUCAGCAGCCUUUCUUCACCACUGAUCUCCUGUACAAGCUUGUGAAGCAGUGUGAAGCCAUGCUGGAGCAGCUCCUUCCGGUUAGUGAGGCAUCUGUAUCCAGUGAAGAUGUAAAAGGAGACAGUAAUGAUGAAGAGAAGCUGGCAAAGCCGAGUUCUUCCUUGGUAAAUGGUGGUGGCAUUCCAGAGUUAGAUGAGAUUGAGUACAUGGAGAGUAUGUACAUGAAGAGCACCGUUGCAGCCCUUAGGUCACUGAAGGAGAUCCGGAGCAAGAGUUCAACUGUCAGUAUGUUCUCGUUGCCACCUCUUCAGGGCAACAAUGCACAGGACAGUUACCAGAUCCGGGCAGAGCAAACCAAACUAGAUGAAGAGCCAGAGAGGUGGAGCAAAGUAACAGUGAUAGAGCAGGCGGCCAAAUGACAGGUCGAAUGUGCAACAUCUGAUGCCUCAGUUCGUCACGAUUUUAGACUUACAUUUGCUGGAGAUGAGGCUGGGAUCUCAAUCUCCCUGUCGUAUAUUCAGUAAUUUGUAUGAAUUCAGGAUUCCUAACAGCUGUAAAAUGGUGGAAAUGUUAAAUCAUAGAAUCCCAGCACAACCGUGAGACAGAACAGAACUGAUUUUAUUCACUAUUGUGAAUUGAUCAUGUAUUUUUGCCGAUCUACAAUCGUUUACUGAGUUUAUGAUUGGGUGUUGCUACUGCUUGUGAUUAUCAAAGAAAAACACUGAACUGAUUUUAUUCACUUUUUGUGAAUCGAUCAUGUAUUUUU